AUGGCUCGACCUGUCGCUAUUCUUCUGGCCCUGACUGCUACACGGGUCUCAGCUUCCUUCAGCUUUCCUAGCUUCCGCGUGGGUGCCCUAGCCAAGGCCACCGACGACCCGGGCUACGAUGCCUGUGUCACGGCUGAUGCCCAGAUCAGCGCGUGCGUGACUGCGAUUCCCUCGGGAGCGGCCCUCUCCGUCUAUGCACAGUGUUUAUGCUGCGAGGAGGCUCUCGAUGUUGCCACGGUCUACGGCGAGUGCGAGACCUACGUUGCUCUGUCGGCACCUACUGCUACGGAACUGUAUACGGUGAUGGCCGGCUUCGACAACUCCUGCCAGAGUGCCAGUGAGGAAGGCUUCUCUUGUAGCGGUGGUGCCACCACCGUGCUAGCCACGGCGACGUCGUCUUUCGUCGUCACGUCAGCCUCCGCCACGGCUGGCCAAACGUUUGGCAACACCGGCUCUCCGCCGGCCUGCACAUCUGUGGCAUCGGUCUACAACUCCUGUUCCAGCAGCUACCGCGGUUUCACCACGAUGGUCGAUCAUGAUGCGGCCAGCUGUGUCUGCUACGAGGGAGGCGAGUACACGACUGCCUUUGACGACUACGUUGCCGGUUGCGUGCCCUACGUCAAGACGGCCGACCCGACAGACUACUUUGACUACUACGCUCUCGAAGGCUUCUGCGCAAGCUACCCGCCAGACAGCGGCACUGCCCACUUUGGUUCUUUCGCAGCCUCGACUACCGCCCCAGUCGCCAAGACCACAGCGGCCGGGACUAGGAGCACGACUACGACCACUCCCUCGACCACGGCCCCCGGCGGAACUGUCACGGUGACUCCGACCGUGGCGACCAAGAACCCCGGCGCACACGUCGUCGCCAACGAAUUAUUUGCCUGGGCAGCCGCCAUCCUUUCGCUGGCCAUGUUGUAG